AUUUUAUCCUCCAAAAUGGGGCUCAAACAAGGGCUUAAAGGGGGCUUGUAUCUUUCUAGAAUUCUCUUUUACAUUUGGUUUUUCUUGAUCCUUUCAAUUUAUGAUUUCUACUUGUACAGUACAGUACAUGCGUUCCUAAACAAAGAGAAAAAAUGACACGCAGUCACACACACACACACGUACGGCUUUUCUUUCUGAUUUCUACAUCUUCUGCCGACAUAUCUUUGUCGCUUUUGGGUUGCUGUAGGAUCCUGUCAUGCUUCAAACUGAAUGCCUUUGAAUAUCUUAACCUACCAUUUGAUUCAUCUAUAGACGAAGUGAAAAAGCAAUAUCGUAAGUUAUCUUUGCUAGUUCACCCUGAUAAAUGCAAACAUCCGCAAGCAAAGGAGGCAUUUGGUGCAUUGGCAAAAGCUCAACAAAUAUUACAUGAUCCUUCAGAGAGGGAAUAUCUUUUGAACCAAGUUAAUGCAGCAAAAGAAGAGCUUAGAGCAAAGAGGAAGAAACAGCUGAAAAAAGAUACUGCUAGUAAAUUGAAGUCAUUAGUGGAUGAGGGAAAAUACGAGCAAGAAUAUGAACGGUCAGAGGAAUUCCAGAAGCAACUAAAAUUAAAAGUUCGUGAACUCUUAACAGAUCAAGAAUGGAGGAGAAGGAAAAUGCAGAUGAGGGUAUGA